GUUACGAUGGACUCUCCCAUCCUUGUCUCACUACCACCACACAAGCACCUUCGUGCCAGUAGACUACAAUAUGGUGUUUGCAGGUCUCGAUUCAUCGGAAAAGGACGCGUUCUUCACUCUCCUUGACGAAUAUUUUGCGUCUCGCCCGGAUGUCUUUGGGUCUCUAGCAGGCCAAGGCGCGGCUGGGGACAGCCAGACUGCUCCGAUGAACCCGUUGCAGGGAGCUGCUGGACGAGCUGCUACGUCUGCAAUACACAACGCGUUCACCACCCAUGUGAACCGAUCUCCUGAACUUGCGGCCCCGGAGCCCGCAUGGAAACGUACUAGUAACACUAGCUCUCCGGAACCUGCGUCCGCGUCAGUGCUCGGUUCUGUAGGUAGGGUCGCGGCUGCGGCAUCAAUGUUCAAGAGCAAUCCCCCAGCGAUGGGUGCCCCUCCGCCUCGGCCACCGCCUCGUAAAAUCUCGCCAGCAGUUUCUCCGGCUCAGCAGUAUGAAGAGCCAUCGUCGCUGUCACCUCCGUCGAUUGCCCCCAGGCACUCGGCAUCUCCACUUUUUUCGCAGAAGAAAUUUGGCGAUGUCGACUUGACUUCGGGCAAGAAUAUGUACUUGUCCGUUCGCCACGGCACUGCAAACAAGCAGGCGACGCCGCCGCCCGUCGCCCCGCCGGUGCCGGCUGCUCUGUCUCAGAUCAAGAACACUUGGGGGGCGCCUCCACGACGUGUACCGUCCACGUCCUCUCAAAGCGAGGCAAAGGCAUCGCCACCGCCACCGCCUCCGCCUAGACCGGCCGUGGAGGAGCCAGAGCCCGAGGGUGAAUGGGCCGAGGCCAUAUAUGAAUAUUCUAGCGACGAUCCGGGCGAUCUUCCUCUGCAAGAAGGCCAGCGAGUGCUUAUUAUUGAGAGAACUUCUGACGACUGGUGGACCGGAGUUUACGAAGGCAGGCGAGGUCUUGUCCCUGCAUCCUACAUUAAAGUUUUGUGAACUGGUUUGGACUAUGUACUACUGGAGGAUACGAUUGAUGCGAU